AUGGGGGUGGCCGACGAUUUUGCCCCGAGCUUCACGCAGAAGCCGCAGCUAAGGCAGGAGGACGAUGGGAACAAGCUGGUCUUCGAGUGCCAGCUGCUCGCCGCGCCCAAGCCCGAGAUUAGCUGGUACCGCAGCGAUGAACUGCUGCAAGAAGAUAAUAGGACACAAUUUAAGAUCCAGAGCCUCGCGAACAAUAAGUACCUGGUGGUGCUCGAGCUGGAUGACGUAAUAGAAACCGACGCCGGACUCUACAAGGUUAAGGCUAAGAACAAGAUGGGCGAGGUGGCCGCUUCCAUCAAUCUUAACUUUAGCCCUGCAGACGAAGAAAAACAGAAACAAGUAGACGGUAGAGCGCCGACGUUCGCGCGCAAGCCAGCGAUCCGACAGGAGGACGACGGCAAACGACUGAUCUUCGAGUGCCGCAUUGAAGCAGAGCCCGUGCCCAACGUCAGUUGGUCCCACAGUGGGGUGGAGGUCAAACCUAGCCCUAGACAUAAGUUAACAGUAAACAAAGACGGUAAAUCAUAUUACGCGUCGUUGGAGAUCAACAACGUUACAGUGGAAGACGCAGGAAAAUACAGAGUUACUGCUAAAAACGAAUUGGGCGAAAGUAACGCUACUAUCAGUUUGAACUUUGACAGCGAUGAAGCGCCCGUACCAGAAGACUAUAUUAAGCCGACUUUUACGGAGAGACCUAUCAUCAGACAGUCAGAAGACGGUACAAAAAUAACGUUCGAAUGUAGAUGUGUUGGCAAACCGAAACCAACCAUUACAUGGUAUCACGGUAAAAAAUUAGUAAAAGAGAGCAGUCGAUACAAAAUAACGCUAGAAGAGGAUCAGACAUUAUACCAUAUCGCGCGACUCGAAAUUAUAGGCGUAGAAAAUGCAGACAAAGGCGAAUAUAGGGCGGUAGCCAAAAACAAACACGGUGAAGGCGUGGCAAAAAUAAAUCUUAACUUCCAAAGCGGGGACAAACCUAAAAUCCCCGAUGGAAAAGCACCUAGGUUUCCUAAAAAACCUACAAUCAGACAAGAGGGUGACGUCUUAAUAAUGGAGUGCAUAUUAGAAGCACAUCCACUACCCGACAUUGUUUGGUAUCAUGGAGACAAAGAAAUUAGAGACGGUGUUAAAAUGAAAAUGUCUAGGAAGGCAAUUGGAAAAGAUACAUAUAACUUAACGUUAGAAAUUUUAGGUCCAACUAAGGAAGAUGGUGGAAACUAUAGGUGUAACGCCUUUAACUUGUUUGGUGAGAGCAAUGCAAAUAUUGCUCUCAAUUUCCAAGGUGGGGAUGACGAAAAUGGUUUCGCACCCUCGUUUGUGGAGAAACCCCGAAUCAUUCCCAACGAAGAUGGCACGCUCAUCACAAUGCGUUGUGUCUGCAAAGCUAAGCCGGCGGCUGAGGUCACGUGGUACCGGGGCACGACCGUCAUUAAAGCUAGUAGUAAAAUUCAAAUCAAAUCAACGGUCAUAAGCGAAGACGUUUAUGAACUGAUGUUACUUUUAUCGAACCCGACAGCAGCGGACGGUGGCGCUUACCGCUGUUAUGUUCAAAACGAGUUCGGAGAAAGCAACGCUAACCUUAACUUAAAUAUUGAGGCUGAGCCAGAACCAGAAGGCGAAGGCCCAACAUUUGUUGAAAAACCUACAAUCCAAUCCAGGGACAAUGGUAAAUUAGUAAUUAUGGGUUGUAAGGUUAAAGCUAGCCCAAAACCGACGAUCGUGUGGUACCACGAGGGUAAAGAAAUCAGGGACUCAUCUAAGAUCAAAACUAGGGUCGAAGUACACGAAGAUAUAUACACAAUUGUAUUAGAACUCCUCGACCCUGGUAUUGAAGACUCCGGAUUGUAUAAAUGCAAUAUUAAAAAUGAACUUGGGGAGCUCAAUGCGAAUCUAACGCUCAAUAUAGAAAUCAUUCCAGUUAUUAAAGAGAAACCAAAGAUCAUUAAAAUAGUUAAGAAGAAGACUGUGAUUGUUGAAUGUAAAGUAUUAAGUAAAUUUGCUCCUUCGUGUACAUGGUUUAAGGAAGCUAGUGCUGUUAAGGAGGAUUCAAGGCAUACUGUGCUAAUAGAGCCAUUGAGAGAGGGUGAGUUUACGGUAAAAUUAGAAAUUUCAAAUGUGAGCCAGCAAGAUAAGGGUUCAUACAAACUCGUUGCCAAGAACGAGAAGGGUGAAGCAACAUCACAACAAGUAGAGAUUACAGACAUUCCUGAGGAAAAGGGUGACAAACCUGUGAUCAUCAAACACCUCAGAAGCUUGGCCAGAAAAGAGAACGAGGAAGCAGAAUUUAUUGCUGUCCUGAAAACAUCUGAUCAAUCAUGUAGAUGUACAUGGUACAGAAACUCAACAGUUGUUAGAGAUUCCUCUGAAAUUAAUACCUCAUUUGAUGGUACCAACGCCCGACUCAUUAUUAGGAAAGUAACAUCCAAGUAUGUUGCGAACUAUAGAGUGGUUAUCCGAAAUGAGUUCGGAGAAGACGAAUCAAGCGCAGACCUUACGCUUGUUGAAGAAAAGAAAAAGAAAAAGGAAGAGGAGGAAGAGGAAACAACAGUUAUUGAGGAAUCUGAAGAGGAAAUGUCGAUCGUGGAGGAAAAAUCAGUCAUAGAAGAAAACCACGUCGAAGAAAGAAAAGAAGUAAAACAAGAACAAGAAGAUGAAACUGUAAUUGAACAGAAAAAAUCAUCAGGCAAGAAAGUAUCAAAGAAAGAAGAAGUUAAAGUAGAAUCCAAACAAGAGGAAGUCUCUAUUGAAGCCCAGAAAAGUGAAUCAAAGGCUGAAUCGAAGAAGGUUGAAACUAAGACUCAAGAAACAAAGAAGGCUGAAGUAGAAGAAGAAACUAAAAAGAUUCUUGAAAAGAAAACCGCGAAAACUGAGGAAGAGAAAAAGGCUCUUCUAGAGAAGCUUGAAAGCAAGAAAAAACCAGAACCGGAACCAGAAAAACAAAUUGAAGGCUUGCCUAAAUUAAAACCAGUCAAGCCUAAGGAAGAACCAAAACCUGAAGAAAAAGAAACUACCAAGAAGACGGAAGAGAAGAAGAAAGUGGUCAAAAAGAAGGUCGUCGCUAAGAAAGAGAAAAAAGAAGACGACGAGUUUGACUUCGUCGACGAUUACGAGCGUCCAGUAUUGGAGAAAUACGAAAGAAUUACACCAACGCCCCUUGAAAAAAAACCCAAAGUGGAUGACACACCAAAGACAAAACGUGCUUCAAUUUCCGAGAGCGUUAAAAGUAAACCCCAAGAAACUGAAGAAGAACCUACCGUGCCAAAAGGAGGUCCACAGAGAACAUCUAAAGUAGAAACUAAAGAUGAGGUGGUAGAAGAAUCUCGUAGAACUAGUAUAAAGAAGGGUAUUCCUAAGCCGGAAGAGCCAGUAGAUGAAAUAUCAAAGGUAAAAUUAUCGAAAGCUCCAAUAAAACCAACAGAAGAGCAACCCGAGGAACCCCAAGUUGCUCAGUCUAAAAAACUCGUUAAAAAGCCUGAGGAACAAAAAGAAUUUGUUGAUGAUUAUGAACGUCCAGAUCUUGAAAAAUAUGACAAAGUAUCUCCAACGCCUUUAGACAAAACUAAAAAACAAAAUGGGGUUUCAGAGGAAUCGUCAGAUUUUAUUGAUGAUUAUGAGAAACCUGAACUUGAAAAAUAUGAAAAAAUUACACCAACACCUAAAGAUAAACGUCGUCCUAGUGAUACUCAGGAUGAAACUGAUAUGAUGAAGGGCAAAAUAAAGCCUAAACCAAAGGAAGAAGAACCUGAAAUGCCUACCCUUCGCAAACGUUCUGUAGCUAAAGAUAAGGAGGAGGAUAAAAAACCUGAUGAGAAACCAAAAACUAAAACACCCAAAAAAGAUGAAAUUAAAACCAAGAAACGUCCUUCUCUUAAGGAGAAAGAGGUUCAGGAGGAAGAGUUUAUCGAUGAUUAUGAGAGACCAGUGCUCGAGAAAUAUGAAAAAAUUACACCUACACCACUUGAGAAAAAGAAGAAGGAAGAAAAAGUACCUGAAGAUGUUUCUUCUACAACGGUCCAAAGGCGUCGCUCUGUUAAAGACAAAGAUAAGCCUGAGCCAAUGGAUGUUGACGAGAGUGUCAGUUUGUCUAAGCCGAAAAAAUCGGAACCUGAACCUGAAGACGUUUCACUUACACACACAACUCCCGCUGAAACUAAGCCUACGAUGGAUGAGGCUGAAGCUAAACUCAAGGUUAAAAAGCCAGAAAUUGUUGAGGAGAAAACUAUUAAACGGCCUAAGGAUAAAGAACAAAAGAUAGUUACCGACACUUAUAAAACAAAGUCAGUUCUGCCAAUUGAAAGAAGAUACUCAUUCUUAAUCAAGGGAGAGGAGACAGAAGAUUCCGUCAGUCUCACCAAGCCCAAAACUAAGACAAGCACAACUGCUCCUGAAGAUGCCACACUUACUCAAAAGACACCAGCUAAGAAAAAGCUCACGGAGGGUAGCGAAGCUGCUCAACUUAAGGUCAAAAAACCAGCCGUUGCCAAGAAGGCCAGUGAUGCUGAGGAACCACUCACAAUACAAGGUGGUAAAUUCCAAGUGCCACAACUUAAGAAAACUGUCAAGAAAACACCAGACACACCUAAAAAGGCUACAUCCAGUACCAAAGAAACUGACGCUGACGGGUACGAACUGGACUUCGUUGAUGAUUACGAGAGACCUGUGCUGGAGAAAUAUGAAAAGAUUUCACCAACUCCCAUAGUUCGGGAGAAGAAAGAAAAGGAAGUUACACAGGCGGUCGCAAAGGUUGCUCACGCAGAGCAGCAUCUAUCUGUCCAGACUGAAAGCAGACGUUCCUCAGUGGCGUCAGUACAAAGUGAAGUACACGAAACAAAGACUGAGAGCAGAAGAAGCUCAAUUAUUGAAAACAAACAAGUUAAGCUUACAAAAGAAUCAGCUGAAAGCAGAAAAUCUUCAAUAUCCUCGAUAUCUGAACAACAACAAGUGUCGAGUUUCAGAAAGGGAUCUCUCAAGGCUGGUGUGAAAGAGGCUCAAGUUAAUGAAUUAGAGAAAGUUAAGUUAAAGAAAGUGGCAGCCAAAGAAGAAAAGGUUGAAGAAGAAGUGAAAAAGGCAAAGGUAACUUCAGUUAAGAAGAAGGCUGAAGAUUUGCCCGAAAUCGCGGAUUAUGAUCGCCCUGAUCUUGAGAAAUAUGAAAAGAUUUCACCAACACCAACAACAAGGGAAAAGCCUGAAAAAGAACCGCCGGCGGAAAAACCGAAAGUGCCUGAAAUCAAAGCACCCGAAGAAACUCCAGCCGCACCCAAAAUUGAAGUCAUUAAGGAAAAAUCUCCAAAACCAGAAACGCCAAGAAAACCUUCCUUGUCACCUGCUCCUCCCGCUAGACGGGGUUCUCUCAUCCCUCCACCGGAGGAGAUGGGUAGACGCCCUUCUCUCAUUAUCAGCGACGAGGAGAAUAGAAAACUAAGACCCGGUGAAGUGAUCGAAGAGAAGAAGCGAAGGAAAUCUGGCGAUGCGAGAAGACCAUCGAUCCAGGACUUGGAGGACUUGAUCAACAAGCCUUCAGUACCAUUGAAACCACAUGGAAAUGAUGGACCACCGUCCAUUGUGGACGUACAAGAGAACUACACUGCCGUUGAAGAUCAAACUGGAUACAUCACGGUACAAGUGGAAGGUAACCCAGCGCCUACGUUCAAAUUCUACAAGGGAGUCACAGAAAUCAUUGAAGGUGGUCGCUUUAAGUUCAUCACUGAUGGCGAGACUGGUCUCAUCACGCUGUGCAUGCGCAAAGUCAAGCCCAAUGAUGAGGGAAUGUACAAAGUCGUCAUCAGCAACAUCCAUGGGGAGGACUCGGCGGAAACACAGCUUUAUGUGUCCGAUGCCAGUGGUAUGGACUUCCGUGCCAUGUUAAAGAAGCGAAAGUACAAAAAAUGGGGAGAACCAAAAGAAGACCCCAACUGGGGUGACUUGAAGGAAGUCGAGAAACCUCUGCCCGCAUUAAAGAAGGUUGAAAAGAAACAAGAGUCUUUCUUGAAGCCUCUUGUAGAUCAAAAUGCAAAGGAAGGCAAGGAUAAAAAGGUGACAUUCGAAGCAAUCUUCUCGAAACCCAACUCUAAACCUAAAUGGUUCUUCCGUAAGGAUGAACUGUUCCCGGGAUCGAAAUACAAGAUGACAAACGAGCAAGAUUCGUACAAAUUGAUCAUCUUCAACCCGAAGGUAGAAGAUACCGGCAAAAUCACAAUAGAAAUUGGCGGUGUAUCUUGCACAGCUUUCUUACAAGUUGAAGAACCUGAUCCGACUUACAACUUCACCAAACACCUGAAGAAGAAACUCACUGGAUUCACGAGACACGAAGUGGUCCUGGAGUGCGCUGUCUCCAACAGCCUGGCUAUAGUUUCCUGGUGGAAGGAAGAAGAGAAGUUAGAAGACAACGACGAUGUCUCGAUAUCGAAGGAUUUGUCUGGUGUUUGCAAGUUGAUCAUCAAGAAAGCAAAAUUGGAAGAUGCUGGCAAAUACUCCUGUAGAAUUGAGAAACAGACGGAUAAAACUGAGUGUGAUCUCAAGAUUGUAGAAUACGAAUAUAAGUUCACAAAGGUCCUUAAAUCGCAACAAGCUAUUGAAAAAGACACAAUUACUCUGCUUUGUGAACUGGACGAUGCCGCUGGUGAUGUGAAAUGGUACAAAAACGACCAACCGCUGAAGGCAGACAAGCGUAUUUCCAUAGUGAAGGAAGGUCGCAAACGCAAGGUUGUGAUCAAGGAUGCCAAAGUUACGGAUGCUGGCAACUUCAAGUGUUGCAGUAACGCAGAUGAAACAACAUGCGAGCUUAUUGUCAAUUACUCUAAUCGCUUCAACAAGAAGUUGAAGGAUACUGAAGCAAUUGAAAGGGAGAAGAUCGUACUGGAAGUGGAACUGCAGGACCAGACCGCGGAAGCCGUCUGGUCUUUCAAUGGAGUACCUAUUGUUCCUAAUGACAGGAUUGAGAUCAAGAAUCUGGGCGGUGGUAAACACCAGCUGAUCUUCAACAAGUUAGAAAUGGAGGAUGAUGGUGAAAUUGUCUGCGAGUCAGGAAAACUUACCUCUUCUUGUAAGCUGACUGUGAAGAAGGGAGAGUCGAAGCCAAUGAUCGAAUGUCCCGAUGAAUUCCACGGCACGGCAGGCAGUCCUUUCGUCAUUGAGGUGCCAUAUAAAAUUUCUGGUAACCGUCAAACACAAAUCGAAGCCAAACUUAUCAAGGAUGGCAAGAUUUUGCCGAACAAAGAAGUCGAAGCCGUGGUUGAGCAAGAGAAGGUCUUGUUCAAGAUCAAGAAGCCAGUCAGGGAAGCUUCUGGAAAAUACCAGAUCAGACUAUCAAACGCCCAGGGCGAAGACAGCAAGGAUGUAUCGAUUAUCAUGCAGAGCGCGCCAACAGCGCCGCAGAACGUGGAAGUUACAGAAAUCUUCCAGACAUCUUGCGUUGUGACAUGGAAAGCACCUCAAGAUGAUGGUGGUGCUCCAAUCAUCAAAUACAUUAUUGAAAGACAGGACUUGUCACUCAAAGCAGCAUGGGACCAAGUGGCCGAUGUUGCACAUGGUGAACCAACAAAAUACAAGGUCGAGGAUCUCAUUCCAAAGAAAACUUACAAGUUCAGAAUCCGUGCCGUUAACAAGAUCGGUGCCAGUGAGCCUGGUAUCUUUGGCAAACCUGUAUUGGCUAAAGAUCCUUGGGACGAGCCAUCGAAACCAAAGGGCAUCGAGCUCACUGACUGGGACAAAGACCACGCGGAUCUUAAAUGGGAGAAGCCAGAUAACGAUGGUGGUGCUCCCAUCACUGGCUAUCAAAUAGAAUACAAGGAAAAGUUCGGCAAGGACUGGGUGAAGGGUGUAGAAGUAUCAGGCGAUGUUCUGAAGGCAACUCAGGAUGGUCUCAAAGAAGGGUGCACGUAUGAGUUCAGGGUCCGAGCGAUUAACAAGGCUGGUCCUAGUGAACCUAGCGACAGCACUAAGCCUAUCAUUGCUAAGUGCAGAUUCGUGAAACCAUACAUUAUCGGUGAAGGACUCCAGGGUAUGAUCAUCAAGAAGGGACAGGUUAUCACGUUCGAUAUCAAAUACGGUGGUGAGCCUGAACCAGAGGUCAAAUGGAUGAAGGGUGAAGAGGAAGUCCAAGACGACGGUGACCGUAUCACAAUUGACAAGUACGAGAGGAACACUGUGCUGACGGUCAGGAAGACGACCAGACCGGACAGCGGGAAGUACAAGCUGGUUCUGACUAACUCGUCUGGUACUUGCGAGAGUCUGGCUGAUGUUGUUGUGCUUGACAAACCUAAUCGUCCCAACGGACCAAUCGAAGUCGUAGACAUUCGCGCCGAUAAGGCUACAGUGAAAUGGCAGAAGCCAGACGACUUCCAAGGAUCCGACAUUACCGGAUAUACUCUCGAGAAAUUCGAUAUGGACACUGGCAAUUGGAUCCCAUGCGGUGAGACCGGUCCGGAACCCACCGAGUUCACGGUGAAGGGUCUCACGCCGAACCACAAGUACAAGUUCAGGGUUCGCGCCGUCAACAAGGAGGGCGAGUCUGAACCUUUGGAGACUGAUGGAUUCAUCGUUGCGAAGAAUCCUUACGAUCCUCCAAAAGCCCCAAGCAAGCCUACAAUCAUCGAUUAUGAUAACAUGUCGGUCACAUUGCAAUGGGAGCCGCCAACAGACAACGGUGGCCGCCCUGUCCUCGGCUAUGUUAUUGAAAUGAAAGACAAAUUCUCACCUGAUUGGAUUGAGGUAAGAAAAACAACGGACACCAAGACCGAGGCAAAGGUGGAAGGUCUUAAAGAGAAGAUGAUCUACCAGUUCCGAGUGAAGGCAUACAACAAGGCUGGUGUCGGUGAUGCCUCUGAGCCCACUGACAACCACCUCUGCAAGCAUAGGAACUUGAAACCGCGCAUCGAGCGCAGCACAUUCAAGUCGGUGAUCAUCAAAGCGGGCCGCACACACAAGUGGUCUGUGGACGUCAUCGGUGAACCCCCACCGGAGAUGACUUGGUCAUGGCGCGAGAACAUAAAGCUGGUUAACACCGAGCGCAUCAAGAUCGAGAACCAAGAGUACCACACGGACUUUACAAUCGUGAACGCGGUGAGACGCGACACUGGGAAGUACACGCUGCGUGUUGAGAAUUGUAACGGUUUCGACCAAGAGACGGUCGAACUGACCGUGCUCAGCAAGCCUAGCUCGCCUAAAGGACCGCUAGAAGUGACAGACGUCCACGCAGAGGGUUGCAAGGUGAGAUGGGAGAAGCCAGAAGAUGAUGGUGGAUCCCCCGUCAAGGAGUAUGAGGUGGAGAAGAUGGACCUGGCCACCGGCAAGUGGGUCCGGGUUGGCAGGGUCGCUGGAGACAAGAAGCCCCUGGAGAUGGAGAUCACAGGUCUGGAACCGGGUCACCAGUACAAGUUCCGUGUGACUGCUGUGAACGAUGAAGGUGAUUCUGAACCCCUGGAGACGGAGAAGGCGACCCUGGCUAAGAAUCCCUUCGAUGUCGCGGAAAAGCCCGGAAACGUGACCGUGGCUGAUCACGACAACCAAAGUGCGGAGAUCAAAUGGGAUCCGCCGAAGGACGAUGGCGGAGCGCCCAUACAGAAGUACAUUAUUCAGAAGAGGCCUAAGGGCGGCGAUUGGGAGAAUGCUGCUGAGGUACCUGGAUCAGCCACAAGUGGCAAAGUGGAUGGUCUACCGGAGGGUGGCGAGUUCGAAUUCCGCGUGAUCGCGGUGAACAAAGCCGGACCCUCGGAGGCCUCUGAGCCCACUGAGAUGACCACUAUACGGCAUAAGGCUUUGAAACCGCGUAUCGACCGCACCAACCUCAAGGCGGUGGCAGUUCGUGCGGGCAAGCCGAUAUUCUUCGACGUGAACGUUAGAGGUGAACCGGCGCCCAAGGUGCAGUGGUUCAGGAAGUGGAAGGAUGUCGAGACUGAGGUCACAGAGAACGUAAUUAACGUGGACUACAACACUAAACUGGACAUUAAGGACUCGGUCCGUGCCAUGACCGGCACGUACCGUAUCCUGGCGACGAACCAGCACGGUUCUGAUGAAGCGGAGGUUGAAAUCACUGUGCUUUCGUCUCCAAGCAAACCUGGUGGUCCACUGAAGGUCGCUGAUGUCACCAAGAACGGUUGUAAACUGUCGUGGAAGAAGCCGGAGGACGAUGGAGGCAAGCCGGUAACCGGCUACGUAGUAGAGAAGCUGAACAAGGCAACCGGUCGCUGGGUGCCGGUCGGCAAGACAGAUGACACGGAGAUGGAGAUCAAGGGUCUGCAGGAGGGAGAGGAGUAUGAGUUCCGUGUGAAGGCGGUCAAUGAAGAGGGCGAGUCGGAGCCGCUGAAGACUGACCACUCGAUUGUCGCCAAGAAUCCCUAUGAUAUCCCCGGAAAGCCCUCAGUCCCAACCAUCGAGGAUUGGGACGUGGACCGCGUGGACCUCAAGUGGGAGGCUCCAAAGAACAAUGGUGGGGCUCCCAUCACUGGAUACGUUAUUGAGAAGAAGGACAAAUAUGGACACUGGCAGGAGGCGCUUGUUACUACGACGCCAGAAUGCAAGGCCCGUGUGCCAGAGCUGAAGGAGGGCAACACUUACCAGUUCCGCGUGAGGGCGGUCAACAAGGCCGGUCCGGGAGAACCCGGAGAGCCCACACAGCCGCACUUGGCUAAGGCUCGAUUCUUGAAACCGCACAUCAACCGCGACAAGAUGGUGGCGAUCCGCGUACGUGCGGGCACGACCAUCAAAUUGGACGUCGACAUCAAGGGUGAACCUCCACCGACCAAGACUUGGACUUUCGCUAACAAGGUCAUCGAGACCGCUCCAGGUGUUAAGCUGGAGAACGAGGACUACAACACGAAGCUGCAGAUCUUCGAGUCCUCAUGGAAGAAUACAGGCAUAUACACGCUGAAGGCCGAAAACGAUUCCGGUGUUGAUGAAGCCACUGUUGAGAUUACUGUUCUCGACAAGCCAGGCAAACCGGAGGGCCCACUGGAAGUGUCCGACGUGCACGCAGAACACGCCAAGUUGUCCUGGAGCAAGCCCAAGCACACGGGCGGUCUGCCGCUCAGCGCCUACAUCGUGGAGAAGAUGGACACCCUCACCGGGAAGUGGUCUCCAGCUGGGACCAUAGACCCUGAUGUCACGGAGGCUACUGUUACUGGCCUAGAACCGGGUCACACUUACCAAUUCCGCGUCAAGGCCCUCAACGAAGAAGGCGAAUCCGAACCCUUGGAAACCGACCACGGAAUCCUCGCGAAGAACCCGUAUGAUGUACCAGCUCCUCCAGGUCUACCUGACAUCGUGGACUGGGACGAGAAGUCUGUGAAGUUGAAGUGGGAACCGCCCAUCAGGGACAAUGGUGCACCCAUCACUGGGUAUAUUAUUGAAGCUAUGGACAGGGAUCGUGGGGAGUUUGUUAAGAUGGCGGAAAUCCACGGCAACGUGUGCCAAGGCACAGUACCUAAACUGGAGGAGGGCAACCAAUACCAGUUUAGAGUGAGGGCCGUGAACAAGGCGGGACAAUCUGAACCCUCGGAGAAUACCAACUGGCAUACUGCUAAACCGAGAUUCUUGAAACCCCGUAUCGACCGCACCAACCUCAAUCCCAUCACCGUUAAAGCUGGUCUCCCAGUUUCACUGGACAUUAAGGUUAUCGGCGAACCACCAGCCACUGUCACUUGGCACUUCAAUGGCCAACAGUUGGCCAACAGGGACAAUCUGGAGAUCAUCAACGUGGACUACAACACCAAGUUCCUGAUGACCAAGAGCAAACGCGCCAACAGCGGCAAAUACACUAUUAAGGCCAAGAAUGAAGUUGGUGAAGAUGAAGCUGAUGUGGAGAUUGUUAUUGUUGGUAAACCAUCGAAGCCCAAGGGACCACUAGAAGUGUCCGACGUCACCAAGAACAGCUGCACGCUGACAUGGCAGAAGCCGGAGGAUGAUGGCGGUUCGCCCAUCGAGUACUAUGAGAUUGAGAAACUCGAUCCGCUUACUGGGCAAUGGAUCCCGUGCGGCACGGCCAAGGACUGCAAGGCCAACGUGGCCGGUCUGCAGGAGGGCAAACCCUACAAGUUCCGCGUGAAGGCGGUCAACAAGGAGGGCGAGUCGGAGGAACUGGAGACGGAGAAGACUAUUAUUGCUAAGAAUCCGUUUGACGAGCCCGGCAAACCCGGAAGACCAGAACCGCGCAACUGGGACAAGGACUUUGUGGACCUGGAAUGGUCUCCACCAAAGGAAGAUGGAGGUGCUCCCAUUACUGGAUAUAUUAUUCAGAAGAGGGAGAAGGGUAGCAGGGUCUGGUCAGACUGUCUGCGCACAACGGGCGAGCGUCCGACCGGCCGCGUUACAGACGUGGAGGAAGGACACGAGUACCAGUUCCGCGUGAUUGCGGUCAACAAGGCUGGGCCUGGUGAACCCUCGGAGCCCAGCAAGUCGGUGGUCGCUAAACCGAGAUUCUUGGCACCGCACAUUGACCGCAAGAACCUUCAAAAGCGCAAGGUCAAAGUGGGACAAACGCUCAAAUUCGAAGCAGAUGUCAAAGGAGAACCCGAACCAACAAUUACCUGGGCCCGUAACGACCAGGUCCUGAAAUCUGAUGAGCGACUCAAGAUCGAGAACCAAGAUUACCAUACCACCUUCGUACUGCAGAAGGUCACUAGAGCUGAUGGCGGAAAGUACGUGGUGACUGCGAAGAAUGAUACAGGCGUGGAUAGCGUGGAGAUUGAGGUCACUGUGGUCAGCAAGCCGGCUAAGCCGAAGGGACCUUUGAAGGUAUCGGACGUCAAAGCGGACGGCUGCAAGCUGCAAUGGGAGGCCCCAGAAGACGAUGGUGGUGAACCAAUCGAGAGCUAUGUGGUCGAACGUAUGGACACAGAGACAGGAAGAUGGGUACCUGUAUGUACCACUAAAGUGCCGGAAGCUGACGUCACAGGCCUCAAUGAGGGCAAGGAUUACAUGUUCCGGGUGAAGGCGGUCAACCCUGAGGGUGAAAGUGAACCGUUAGUGACGGAAACGGCUACGACUGCUAAGAAUCCGUAUGGCGAACCAGACGCGCCCGGCAAGCCAGACAUCAAGGACUGGAGCGCCAACCACGUGGACCUCAAGUGGGAGAAACCCACGGACGAUGGUGGGGCUCCCAUCACCGGGUACAUUGUAGAGAAGAAGGACCGAGACACCGGCAAGUGGGUGAAGGCUGUUGAGGUGCCCGGUAACAAAACAGACGCCCGCGUGCCGGAUCUGAUCGAAGGCAAGACAUACCAGUUCCGCGUGAAGGCGAUCAACAAGGCCGGCCCUGGAAAGGCCUCCGCGCCCACGGACAACUUGCUGGCUAAGGAUAGAUUUGCCCCACCAAAGAUCGACCGCACAAACAUGCGCGACCUGACUCUGAAGGCGGGACAGAACAUCAGGCUCGACGUCAAGGUCAGCGGUGAACCGCCGCCGACUAAGACUUGGUUCCACAAUAAAGAGCGUCUGUCUACCCGAGAAGACCUCACAGUAGACGCAGAAGACUACAGAACAAAGCUGUCCGUGGUGGUCGCGUCACGCAAGCACAGCGGCACAUACGUGCUGAAGGCUGAGAACAGCAGCGGCAAGGAUGAAGCCACUAUACAAGUUAUUGUCCUGGACGUGCCCGCUAAACCUGAGGGGCCUUUGAAGAUAUCCGACGUGCACAAAGAGGGUUGCACGCUGAAAUGGAACGCACCGCUCGACGAUGGUGGUGCUCCAAUCGACCAUUACCUAGUUGAAAAACUGGACACAGAAACCGGUAGAUGGCUCCCAGCCAUGAAGACCAAGGAUCCUAAGGCUGAGGUGGAAAACCUAGUGCCAGGGCAUGAGUACAAGUUCAGGGUGUCUGCGGUUAACAAUGAAGGUGUUUCGGAGCCGCUAGAGGGAGAACAGUCGAUUAUUGCUAAGAAUCCGUUCGACGAGCCCGGCAAGCCCGGAACACCGGAAGUGGUUGACUGGGACAAGGACCACGUGGACCUCAAGUGGCAGAAGCCGAUCAAAGAUGGCGGCGCGCCCAUCACUGGAUACAUCAUUGAGAAGAGGGAGGUCGGAUCGCCCAAGUGGGUGAAGGCCUGUGAGGUCGGUCCAAAUGACAACGAAAAAGCCACAGUGGGCAAUCUCGACGAAGGUACUGAAUACGAGUUCCGCGUCAGAGCCGUGAACGAAGCCGGGCCCGGGGAGCCGAGUGACGCUAGCAAGUCUGUCACUUGCAAGCCUAGGAGAUUGGCACCAAAGAUCGACCGUCGCAGCCUCCGCGCUAUCAAAGUGCGUGAAGGCGAGCCGAUAUCUCUCGACGUCAAAGUGUCUGGUGAACCCCCACCGGAUGUGGCCUGGUCGCUCAAUGGCAAGAUGGUCACUAGUGGCAACGGGUUGAAGUUGGUGAACGUGCCGUACUUGAGCAAGUACCAACACUCGAGCCCGCGCAGGAAGGACUCUGGCACAUACAAGAUCCAAGCCACCAACAAGUAUGGUCAAGACACUGCUGAAGUUGAGAUCACUGUUGUUGGCAAGCCCGACAAGCCGGAAGGACCGCUCGAAGUAUCGGACAUCCACAAGGAAGGUUGCACACUGAAGUGGAAGCGGCCCAAGGACGACGGCGGCGAGCCCAUCGACGCGUACCUCGUGGAGAAGUACGACACGGAGACUGGAGCUUGGCUGCCCGUGGGCAAGACUAUCGGGAACGUGCCUGAGAUGGAGGUUGACGGUCUGAUCCCCGGCCACGAGUACAAGUUCCGCGUGAAGGCGAUCAACAAGGAGGGCGAGUCUGAGCCACUCGAGACCUUCGGACCCAUUGUCGCUAAGGAUCCGUUCACGGUACCAGACGCCCCAUCGAGCCCGGUACCAGACGACUGGUCGGCCAACCACGUGGACCUCAAGUGGGAGGCUCCGCUGUCGGACGGCGGGUCUCCGGUCAUCGGAUACAUUGUCGAGAUGAAGGACAAGUACAGCCCGCUGUGGGAGAAGGCGGUGGAAACGCACACGCCUACCCCUAGCGCUACUGUUAACGGACUAAUCGAAGGCAACGAAUACCAAUUCCGCGUGAUCGCGAUCAACAAAGCCGGUCAGAGUAAGCCCUCUGACGCGAGCAAGACGUUCGUCGCCAAACCACGGUUCCUGGCGCCAAAGAUUGACAGGCGUUAUCUCCGGGAUGUGACGUUAUCUGCCGGCUCCACGCUGAAGCUGGAAGCUGCUGUUAGUGGUGAACCGGCUCCAGCUGUUGAAUGGAGAUACCAAAACAUGCCACUGCGUCCAUCCAAAGCGGUCACCAUCGACUCGCCCGACUACUCGACCAAGCUAGUGGUCCGGCCAGUACGAAGAGACGACACGGGCGAGUACACGGUCAGCGCGGUCAACUCGAGCGGCAAGGACACGGUCACCAUCAACGUUCUGGUCACGGAUAAACCCGCCAGCCCUGAGGGACCACUACAGAUAUCAGACGUCCACAAAGAUGGCGCUACACUCAAGUGGAAGCGUCCCAAGGACGAUGGCGGUGCGCCCAUUGAAUACUACCAGAUCGAUAAACUGGACACUGAGACCGGUGUCUGGGUGCCUUGCGCUAGAUCUGAUGAGCCCAAAUGUGACGUCACCGGUCUCACCCCGGGCAAGGAGUACAAGUUCAGAGUGUCCGCUGUCAACUCGGAGGGCGAAUCCGAACCUCUCGUGUCGGAGACUAGCAUUGUUGCUAAGAAUCCGUUCGAUGAGCCUGGUGCCCCGGGCACGCCCUCAGUCACAGACUGGGACAAGGACCACGUGGACCUCAAGUGGUCCCCGCCCCGGGAAGAUGGCGGAGCGCCCAUCGAAGGGUACAUUGUGGAGAAGAAGGAUAAGUUCGGCAACUGGGAGAAGGCCCUGGAAGUACCAGCUGAUAAGACCACCUGUACCGUGCCGGAUCUGAUUGAAGGACAGACUUAUGAGUUCCGCGUACGCGCAGUGAACAAGGCCGGUCCUGGAGAACCCAGUGACAGCACGCAUCCAAUCGUCGCCAAGCCACGCAACAUGGCGCCCAAGAUUGAUAGGACCAACCUUAUUGAUGUCAAGAUCAAGGUCGGACAGAAGUUCGCGUUUGAUGUUAAGGUAUCCGGAGAACCGAUGCCCGAAACAAAAUGGUUCCUCGGCAAAAAGGAAGUCAAAUCUGGCGGUGACGUCAAAGUACAGCACUCAGAUUACAACACUAAGAUCACUUGCAAGUCAGCAAGACGAUCUGAUAGUGGUCGGUAUACCAUAACUGCUGAGAACAGCAACGGCAAGGAUGUUGCUGAGGUGGAGGUUAUUGUGCUGGAUGUUCCUAGCCCGCCGGGAGGUCCGCUUAAGGUAUCAGACGUCCACGCAAACGGGGCUAAACUAUCCUGGAACCCACCUUCCGACGAUGGUGGUCAGCCAAUUGACAAAUACGUGGUCGAACGUAUGGACGAAGCCACUGGAAGAUGGGUCACCGCUGGGGAGACUGAUGGUCCUGUCACCAGCUUAGCGGUGGAUGGUCUCCAGCCUGGGCACAAGUACAAGUUUAGAGUUCGUGCUGUUAAUAGGCAAGGCAAAUCCGAACCGCUCACAACACCCCACGCUACGGAAGCUAAGAAUCCCUUCGACGUGGCAGGCAAACCUGGAACACCACGUAUUAAGGACUUUGACAAGGACUUCGUUGAGUUGGAAUGGACCAGACCAGAUAGUGAUGGUGGUGCUCCCAUCACGGGUUAUGUUAUUGAGAAGAAGGAUCGAUUCGCACCGGACUGGGAGGAGUGUGCUCAGAUCGAGGGCGACGUAACAACCGGCAAGGUCCCAGACCUGAUCGAAGGCAACACGUACGAGUUCCGCGUGCGCGCCGUGAACAAGGCGGGCAGGGGCGUGGCCAGCGACGGCACCGCCCCCCACACCGCCCGCCCCAAGAACCUGCCCCCGCACAUUGACCGCAACUUCAUGUUCGACAUCAAGGUCAAGGUGGGCCAGAACUUCGAGCUCGACGUGCCCGUCGCCGGCGAGCCCACGCCCACUAAAGAGUGGUUACACGAGGACAACCUCGUCUUCAACAGCGAUAGGGUCAAGGUCACCAAUGAUGACCACUCCACCAAGAUCAGGGUGGUCGACGCGAAACGCGCUGAUACGGGAACGUACACGCUCAAAGCGAAGAAUAUUAACGGAACAGAUACGGCGACCGUCAAGAUUCUCGUCAUGGACGUCCCCGCUCCGCCCGAAGGCCCGCUGCGUGCGGACGAUAUUACAAAAUCUGGCUGCACAUUGAGAUGGAGGCCGCCCAAAGAUGACGGUGGCUGCGAAAUCUCUCACUACGUCGUCGAAAAGAUGGACCAAGAGAACUUGCGCUGGAUCCCAGCUGGUGAGGUGCAGGGAUGCCACAUUCGCAUCGAUCACCUCAUCGAAGGCCACGACUAUAACUUCCGUGUCCGCGCCGUCAACAAACAAGGUGAAUCUCAGCCAUUGGUCGGCCAGGAGCCGAUCACCGCUAAAGAUCCCUACGGCACACCGGACAAACCGGGCACUCCCGUUGUUAAAGACUGGGACAAGGAUCACAUGGAUAUCGAAUGGGUUCCGCCCAAGAAGGACGGCGGUUCACCUAUCACUGGCUACGUUAUCGAAGCUAGAAAGAAAUACGGCCCGUGGGAAGUGGCCGCCACUGUACCUGGAAACAAAACUACGGCGACGGUACCUGGAUUGCAAGAAGGAGAGGAAUAUGAAUUCAGAGUUAUUGCUGUUAACAAAGCCGGUAACGGUGAACCGAGCGACGCAUCUACACCUCAAGUCGCUAAAGCAAGAUUCUGCGCACCGACAUUCGAUAAACUUCUGCUCUCAGAUAAGACCGUUAAAGCCGGACAGAGGAUUCAAUACGAGAUCCCGAUAGAGGCAUCUCCUAAACCGACCGUCGAAUGGCAGAUCAACGGCAAACCCGUUCAACCGUCCGACAGAAUCGACAUUCAAAUUCUACACAACAGGGUCAUUCUAGACAUUCCAUUCUCCGUACGUUCGGACGGAGGCGUUUACAAGUUGACCCUCAAGAACGAUCUAGGAGUUUGCUCGGCCUCCGCUCAAGUUAUCGUUUUGGACAAACCGGCGAGACCCGAGAAACCGUUGGUUGUAUCGGACGUUACAAAAGAUUCAUGCUCGCUAUCAUGGAAGGUGCCGCUUGACGAUGGUGGUUCACCAAUCUUGCAUUACGUUAUUGAAAAGAUGGAUCUGUCCCGUGGCACCUGGUCAGAUGCUGGUAUGAGCACUUUCCUAUCACACCAAGUGACCAGGCUCAUUCACAAGAAAGAAUACUUGUUCAGAGUUAGCGCUGUGAAUGCUAUCGGACAAUCUGAACCUUUGGAAUUAGACCGUGCAAUUGUUGCGAAGAACGAAUUCGAUGAGCCAUCCGCUCCUGGCAAACCGCAAGCUACAGAUUGGAGCAAGAGCCACGUUGACUUGGAAUGGACACCGCCUAAAUCUGACGGAGGCUCGCCUAUCACUGGUUAUAUUAUUCAAAAGAAAGAGAAGGGCAGCCCCUACUGGGUAAAUGCUGCUCACGUGCCGCCUAAUAAGAACAAGGCGACUGUACCAGAUUUAGUUGAAGGACAAGAUUACGAGUUCAGAGUGAUCGCUGUGAACCAAGCAGGGCAAUCAGAACCCAGCGAGCCUUCCGAUAUUGUUACAGCCAAGGAUAGAUUCGUGGCACCUAAAAUCCUCACGCCACUUAAGGAGAUCACUAUCAAGGCCGGUCUUAUCUUCCAUUUGGACGUCGACUUCAUUGGUGAACCUAUCCCUGAAGUUAAAUGGACCUGCGAUGGCAAACCAGUUGUCACAAACGAGAGGACUACCGUUACAUCUGUCGGCCAUCACACAAUUAUUCACACUGUCAACUGCAAACGUUCAGAUGCUGGUAAAUAUCAUCUUUCACUGAAGAACGACUCCGGUGCAGAUGAAGGCAGCUUCGAACUGAUCGUACUUGACGUGCCCGGCCCACCACAAGCGCCAUUCGAAUACGAAGAAAUCACUGCACAAUCUGUUACGUUAUCAUGGAAAGCACCUAAAGAUAACGGUGGCAGUGAACUUACUGCUUAUGUCAUUGAAAAGAGAGAUUUGACUCACGGAGGUGGCUGGGUACCAGCUGUCACAUACGUCAACCCACGCAAUACACAUGCGACUGUACCGCGUCUAGCAGAAGGUACUAAAUAUGAAUUCAGAGUAUUCGCUGAAAACUUGCAAGGUCGCUCAGAGCCACUUGUUACUGACAAGCCUGUGGUCGCUAAGAAUCAAUACACAGUACCCGGCAAGCCAGGUAAACCUGAAUUGGUUUCGGCUGAUAAGGAUCACAUUAAAAUUAGAUGGUCAUCACCUAUUUCAAACGGUGGAUCCAAUAUCAUUGGCUACGAUGUCGAAAGGAGGGACAAAGCUACGGGUCGCUGGAUCAAGGUGAACAGAGAACCUGUCAGAAACAGUGAAUAUAAGGAUGAAAGAGUACAAGAAGGCCAUCAAUACGAAUAUAGAGUUUCAGCUGUUAAUGCAGCUGGUGCUGGUCAGCCAUCUGAUGAAUCUAACGUGUUCAUCGCUAAGCCAAUGAAGGAGAAACCUAAAUUGAGCUUAGACCACUUGAUCGGACGCAAGAUUAAGGUCCGUGCGGGUGAACCUAUCAAUAUUAACAUUCCAAUCGCCGGUGCACCCACACCGACUAUCUCAUGGACAAAGGGAUCUAUUCCGUUGGUUCCUUCGCAUAGACUUACCUCCGAAACAACACCUGACAUCACUAAACUUAGCAUUGAAAAAUCUACAAGAGACGAUGCUGGCAAAUACACAAUCACAGCAUCCAACGAUCACGGAAAAGAUUCUGCUGAUAUUGAAGUUAUUGUUGUAGACAAACCUGGUCCACCAAAGGGCCCGUUGUCUUGCACGCCUGUGACACACGACACUAUGAGCCUUACAUGGCAUCCACCUACAGACGAUGGUGGCAGCGAAAUUACUGGCUACAUUGUCGAGGUUGCUGAAUUUGGCAUCAACGACUGGCGUACAGUCGCUGGAUUCUGUCCUAAAUGCUCGUUUAACGUUAAGAACUUAACAGAGGGCAAGAAAUAUGUGUUCAGAGUACGCGCUGAGAACUUAUACGGUAUUUCUGAACCAUUGGAAAGCAAACCUAUCGUUGCUAAAUCGCCAUACGAUCCACCAGAUGCGCCUGAUACGCCUAGGAUCACAGGCUACAGUGCAAACAGCUGCUCUCUCGAAUGGGAGCCUCCUACGAACACUGGAGGAAGGCCCAUCACUGGCUAUUAUGUUGAAAAGAGAGAACGUGGAGGCGAAUGGAUUAAGGUUAACAACUACCCCACACCGAACACGUGCUACACAGUACAAGACUUACGUGAAGGCAACCGAUAUGAAUUCCGUGUUAUUGCUGUUAAUGAAGCCGGUCCAGGCAAACCCAGCAAACCGACAGAAUCUAUUGUUGCUGAAACACAAAGACUUAAACCUAGCGCUCCGGAAGCGCCCAAACCAGACAGAGUUACAAAGGACUCAGUUACGCUUUCAUGGAGACCACCUAAGUCUGAUGGUGGAUCUAAGAUCAAGGGAUACAUCAUUCAACAGAAAGCGAAGGGUGAUAAGGACUGGAAGGACGUCAAUACUGAGCCUAUUCCUAGCCUCGUGCACACUGUGCCCAAACUCAAAGAAGGUGAAGAAUAUCAGUUCAGACUCAUUGCAGUUAACGAUGUUGGUAAAUCAGAACCUAGCAAACCAACUGCUGACAUCACUAUCGCUGAACAACCGAACAAACCUUGCAUGGAUCUCGGUGGUGUACGCGAUAUCACAGUACGUGCCGGUGAAGACUUCUCUAUCCACGUGCCUUACACAGGUUAUCCACAACCUACAGCAUCGUGGUUCGCGGAUGACAAUCUGCUUGAUGUUGAAGGAGAUUCCAGAAUAUUCCAGAAACUUACACCUGACUCGGCGUCACUUGUUGUUAAAGACGCGAGGAGAUCAGACGGCGGUCAGUACCGCUUGCAACUACGCAACCCAUCAGGAUACGACACAGCUACUAUUAACGUGCGCGUCCUCGACAGACCUGGAAAACCAGAGAACUUACGCGCGGAUGAAUUCGAAGGUGAAGCGCUCACCUUGUACUGGAACCCGCCAAAGGACAACGGCGGCGGUGAAAUCACCAACUACGUCGUCGAGAAACGCGAAGCUAGAACUCCGACCUGGACAAAGGUUUCCGGUUACGUCACGACACCGUUCUUACGCGUGAAGAACUUGUCCGUCGGCAGGAGCUACGAGUUCCGCGUCAUGGCCGAGAACCAGUACGGCCAAUCUGAACCGGCACAGACUCUCGAACCGAUCAAGGCUAGACAUCCGUUCGAUCCUCCGGGCGCACCGGGUGCACCUAGAUCGGUAGAAACAACGGAAUCUUCUAUCACAGUUACGUGGUCGAAGCCGCGUCACGACGGCGGAUCACCAAUCACGGGCUACAUCCUCGAAAAGAGGUUGAUAACAGAAGACAAAUGGACGAAGGCGUCGCACGCGCACAUUCCGGACACAACUUACAAAGUGACCGGUUUGAUCGAGAACCACGAGUACGAGUUCCGCGUGUCCGCAGUGAAUGCUGCGGGCCAAGGGCCAUACUCAGCAAGCUCGGACGCCAUCAGAGCGUGCGCUCCGCCCAACGCGCCGCGCAUCACUAGCGACCUCAGCCUGCGGGACAUCACUGUUAUCGCGGGUGAGGAGAUCAAGAUCACCGUGCCGUUUACUGGCAACCCCAGGCCGAAGGUAUCAUGGAUAGUGAACACAGACGAAGUGUUCCCAGACCACCGCAUACGAUUCAUAACGUCUGACAUCGACACCGUCUUCAUCAACUCGAGCGCCAAGCGAUCAGACACUGGAUCAUACACCGUGAAGCUGGUGAACAGCGAAGGUUCUGACAGUGGAACUUGCAGGGUUCUGGUAGUAGACAGACCAUCGCCACCAGUCGGACCAAUGGAAGCGUCUGACAUCACACCAGACACUUGCACCGUGUCCUGGAAACCGCCGCUAGACGAUGGUGGUUCACCAAUUACUAACUAUAUCGUUGAAAAGAUGGAUAAUACUGGCGUAUGGUCAAAGGCGUCGUCAUUCGUGCGCAGUUGCCACUACAACGUGAUGGGAUUGGAGCCGAACCGCAAAUACUUGUUCCGUGUGCGAGCUGAGAACCAAUAUGGAGUAUCUGAACCGCUCACCAUGGACGAUCAUGUUAUUGCCAAGUUCCCAUUCACGAUCCCCGACGCCCCGGGCGUGCCCCGCGUGACGGACUGGGACGGUUCCACUGCCACGGUGGUUUGGGACCGUCCCCGCUCCGAUGGUGGGGCCCGUAUCCAGGGUUACAAGGUGGAGUUCCGGGAUGUGAGGGAUGCGGUCUGGGCUGCCGCUGAUUAUCUGGUUAAGGACUGUAAUUAUCAGGCAUACAACUUAGAACCGGGCCACGAGUACGAAUUCCGCGUACGCGCUAAGAACGCGGCCGGAUUCAGCAAGUACUCUGCUUCGUCACAAGUGUUCAAGGUCCGUGGUCGUGCGGCACCUCCAUCCCCACCCCGGUCUCCCCGCGUGCUGCGCGUGGGCAGGAACUAUGUGGAUGUCGCUUGGGACGCGCCGCAGAGCGAUGGUGGUGCUCGUAUAACGGGCUACAUCAUUGAGCGUCGUGAACUAUCGAGCUCCAUAUGGGUGAAAUGCAACGACUACAACGUCAUGGACACCAGCUUCACUGCGCUCAACUUGAGCGAAAAGGCUGACUUUGAGUUUAGGAUCAUUGCUGUUAAUUCUGCUGGCAAAUCCGAGCCGUCCUCGUGCACGACGCCGGUCCGCACCGGCGAGGAGGUCGGCGGGGCGAAGCCCGAGUGGCUGCAGAAGCUGCCCCCCAACACGUGCGCGCCGCUGGGCCGGCCCUUCGCCCUGCAGUGCGUGGCGUCCGGCAGCCCCGUGCCCACUGGCCGGUGGCUGAAGGCCGGCAGGGAAGUCGUGCUCGGCACCAGACUAAUAGCCGAGUCCCGGGAAGGCACGUUGCGACUGAACUUCACAGAAGUAACAGAAGCCGAUGAGGGCGACUACACGUGCGAGGCGUAUAACUCCAUCGGACAUAUCUAUUGCACUGUGCAUCUUAAGAUUGGAAGCCCACCCCGCAUCACACGAAUGCCUGGUGACCUACAUCUCCCCGAGCACGACAACACUAAGAUCAAGAUCCUGUACACGGGAGACCAGCCCGCUGACGUCACGCUGCACAAAGAUGGCCGCAAGGUCGAUGAGAGCACGCACCUCAAAUAUACCGUGUUUGAUGAUUAUAUACUCAUAUUCAUUAAGGACAUCACUAAGGAUGAUAUGGGCACCUACAAGAUAACAAUCAAGAACAACUCCGGCGAGAUAUCGGACACGUUCUCGAUAACAGUCACAGGCCUGCCGGGCCCGCCGCAAGGCCCGCUAGAAACGACCGAUAUAACCCGACACACUUGCACUUUGACCUGGAAACCACCCACUUAUGAUGGUGGUCUACCAAUAACCCAUUAUGUGGUUGAGAGGAUAGAUAUAUCUGGAACAAGUUGGAUAACUAUCGCGUCCUCUGUGAGGGACACGAGGUUCACAGUACAUGGACUCACGGAAGGACAGGAGUACAACUUUAGAGUACAUGCCGCUAAUGAUAAUGGUAUAGGGCCUGGGUUGGAAGGUGUCAAUCCUGUUAAGGCAAAGGCACCGUUCGACCCGCCAUCAGCGCCCGGCAUCCCGAAGAUCGUGGAAGUGGGCGGACACUUUGUGCACCUCGAGUGGGACAAACCCGAGAGCGAUGGAGGCGCUAGGAUACAAGGCUACUGGGUAGACAAACGCGAGGUCGGCUCACAGAGCUGGCAGCGUGUGAACGCCACACUGUGCGUGGCCACACAGCUCAACUGCGCCAACCUCAUCGAGGGUCGCCAGUACGAGUUCCGCGUGUGCGCACAGAACGAGGCCGGCAUGUCGCCGCCCAGUACGAACAGUCAGCAAGUGCGUGCGCAGGAUCCAGCAGCGGCCAUACCGCCGGAGAUAGUGAAGCCGCUGAGGAACGCGAACUGCAUCCAGUACCACAACGCCAAGUUCACGUGCACCAUCACCGGUGUGCCCAAACCCACUAUCACGUGGUAUAAGGGUGCCCGCGAAAUAACGAACGGUCCUCGCCACCGAAUCUGGAGUGAAGGUGACAACCAUUUCCUCACCGUGGUCGAAGUGUAUGGUGAAGACGCUGAUGAGUACCAGUGCAGGGCUGUCAACAAGGCUGGAGCCAAGAGCACCAGGGCUGAACUGCUUAUUAUGACUGCACCAAAACUAAACGUACCACCACGCUUCCGAGACACGGCUUACUUCGAUAAGGGCGAAAAUGUUGUGAUCAAGAUACCGUUCACCGGACAUCCGGUGCCAAAGAUCACGUGGGUGCGAGAGGGAGAGACGAUCGAGUCUGGCCUGCACUACCAUGUGGAGAGGAAAGAACGUCACGCGAUCCUGACGAUCCGCGACGCGAGCAAGGUGGACUCGGGCCCGUACCGCAUUACAGCUGAGAACGAGCUCGGACAGGACUCCGCUACUAUUCACAUUGAGAUUAGCGACCGCCCCGACCCACCCCGGUUCCCAGCAGUGGACAACGUGGGCGUGGACUCGUUAGCGCUCAGCUGGCGCGCGCCUGUGUGGGACGGUGGAUCCGAUAUCACCAAUUAUUUGGUGGAGAAACGAGAACAUCCCAUGUCCAGCUGGAUCAGGGUGGGCAAUACCAGAUUCACAACAAUGGCCAUCACCGGCUUAGCGUCAGGCAAACAGUACGAGUUCCGCGUAUACGCUGAGAACAUUUAUGGAAGGUCGGAUCCAAGCGAACCAACAUCGCUGGUGCAAACCAAGGCGAUUAUCAAGAAGGAGUUCAAGAAGAAGGAGUAUCCUGUGGACGAAACAGGCAAACGCAUACGCACGAACGCAGACCACGGGCCAAUCAAGGACUACGAUAGUUAUGUAUUCGAUAUAUACAGCAAGUAUGUGCCGCAACCCGUGGAGAUCAACACGUGCUCGGUGUACGACAAAUACGAUAUAUUGGAGGAGAUUGGCACAGGCGCAUUCGGUGUGGUCCACCGUUGCCGCGAACGGGCCACGGGCAAUAUAUUCGCUGCCAAGUUCAUACCCGUCACUGGGGCCAUGGAGAAGGAACUUAUCAAGAAGGAGAUUGAUAUCAUGAACCAGCUUCAUCACAGGAAGCUGAUCAACUUGCACGAUGCCUUUGAGGAUGAUGACGAGAUGGUGCUGAUAUUUGAGUUCUUAUCCGGAGGCGAGUUAUUCGAGCGUAUAACAGAGCCAGGAUACAACAUGAGCGAAGCAGAAGCAGCUCACUACAUGCGACAAGUUUGUGAAGGAGUCAAGCACAUGCACGAACAGAACAUCAUACAUUUGGACCUGAAGCCGGAGAAUGUGAUGUGCCAGACGAGAAUGGGCACUGAUGUUAAGAUUAUUGACUUCGGUCUAGCCACCAAGCUUGAUCCUAACGAAGUUGUCAAGAUAUCCACCGGCACAGCCGAAUUUGCUGCGCCAGAAAUCGUGGAACGAGAACCGGUCGGCUUCUACACAGACAUGUGGGCCGUUGGUGUACUCGCUUAUGUAUUACUAUCCGGGCUAUCACCAUUCGCGGGUAACAACGACAUAGAAACCCUCAAGAACGUCAAGGCUUGUGACUGGGAGUUCGAUGAGGAGGCCUUCCAGCAUGUGUCUGAUGAUGCAAAGGACUUUAUCAGACGUCUGCUGGUUAAGAAUAAGGAAAAACGUAUGACAGCGCACGAGUGCCUAGCGCACCGCUGGUUGGCGGGCGACGUUGCCGGUCGCACUAACAUCGCCGCGGCUCGCUUGGAGGCGCUCAGGGAUAGACUGCGGGCUAAAUACCAGAACUGGUCAUCAUUCGUGCUGCCGAUCGGCAGGAUAAGCGAGUACAGUUCGCUGCGUAAACUUCUCAUUGAGAAAUGGAAGAUCUAUGACGGACAAUUCGACCGUCGCCAAGCGGCCCCGCGGUUCGUGAUCAAGCCCCAAUCUGCGUUCUGCUACGAGGGCCAGUCGGUGAAGCUGUACUGCCGCAUCAUUGCGUGUGCAGCGCCCACAGUCACGUGGUCGCAUAAUAACAGAGAGUUGAGACAGUCUGUUAAGUAUAUGAAGAGAUACGCCGGUGAUGACUACUACUUCAUCAUCAACCGCGCCAAGUUAGAGGACCGCGGUGAAUACAUCAUCCGCGCUGAGAACCACUACGGUUUCAGAGAGGAAGUGGUCUUCUUGAAUGUGCAACCGGUCCCGAAGGUCCAACGGCAGCACGUGGAGGAGGCCCCGCGGCGCCGGGACCCGAUCCCGUACACGUUCUGGCAGGAGAGCAGCGAGACUGCGCCGGCCUUCACGUUCCAGCUGCGCCCGCGCGUCAUGCAGGCGCGCGACACCUGCAAGCUGCUCUGCUGUCUGAGCGGCAAGCCGCCGCCCAGCGUCAAGUGGUACAAGGACAAGCGGGAGCUGUCCAAGUACGACUAUGCGAUGACGAACUCGGACGGUGUAGUAACAAUGGAGAUCAUCGACUGCCGGCCCGAGGACAGCGGCAAGUACUCGUGCGUCGCCACCAACGUGCACGGCACGGAUGAGACCUCGUGCGUUGUUAUUGUUGAAGGUGAGGUAGUAAGCGCAGAGCAAGCUGCGCUGGCGCACAAUUUCCUCCACUCUGGCGAAAGGCGAUACAUUGAGAAGCCGCUCAAACCGGCGCCUACACCCAUCAUUACUAAGACUAAGGUCACAAUCGACCCGCCAAGCAAAUCGAGCACAGUGAGGCCGAAAUAUUCGCCGCAAACUUCAGUAGAAGCAGGCAAGAAGAAAUAUGGAUCUAAACUCGGAGACUCAGACUCGACUUCGUCUAGAUCCAGGAGCGCCACUAAGGAGCUUGUUUUACCAGCAGCAGACUCGUCAAUGUGCGCGCCAUCGUUCGCGCGAGCUCUACCAGACACUUGUGCUGCAAGAGAUGGAGCUCCCCUGCUGCUGUCUGCCGCAGUACGGGGCGACCCUGACCCCAGGGUCGAGUGGUUCAAGGAUGGACAGCCUCUACACUCUUCUGAGGUGGUAGACCUCAAAUACAAGAAUGGAGUAGCGUCCCUGGCCAUCAAUGAGGUGUUCCCUGAAGAUGAAGGAGUGUAUUCUCUCAAGGCGAUCAACAGCCAGGGGGAGAUGGAGACCAAGUGCAAAGUGUCUGUUAAAGCAGUAACAGACAGUGCGGCUAGCGCCAAGUUGGGCGACAAGCCGCCAAGGAUCGUGGACCACGCCGUGUCGCAGAUUGUGAACGAUGGCGACGCUGUCACACUGUCCUGCAGGAUAACCGGCGCGGAAAGGUUCGACGUGGUCUGGCUCCACAACAACAAAGAAAUCAAACCGUCGAAGGACUUCCAGUACUCGAGCGAGGCAAAUAUACACAAGUUGCACAUCGCUGAGAUAUUCCCUGAAGAUGCUGGCGUGUACACGUGCGAGGCGUUCAACGACGCGGGUGAAUCCUUCUCCUCGUGCACCCUCGUGGUGACGGUCAGUGGGGAGACGCAAGUGUUGCCGCAGUACAAGAUGUUCCCAGCGUCCACCACCGUGGUGACAGGGGAACCGGCCGUGUUCACCGCGGAGCUGGAUAAGCCACCACUCCAGCUCCAAUGGUUGAAGGACGGCAAGCCGAUCGACGAAUCGUCCACCCGCUACAGGUUCACCAUGGAAGGCAGCUCCAAGUACAAGCUGGAGAUUGCAAGCGCCUCUACAGACGACUGCGGCCAGUACUGCGCACGCGCAGCUGGCUCCAAGGGAGAUGCCCUUGCUGCUUUCUGCCUCAAUGUCGUCGACAACUGAUCGACAUACAAUACGAAUAACAAUGGACCCAGCGAAACACCUUGAGACACCCCAAAGUUUCUUGCUAUCGAAAAUUUAAUUUGAAUGAUCGUAACGACUAUAGAAUACGGAGUCAAGGGAUUCGUUUAUUUAUUAAUUUAAAAUAAAUGAAAUAUAUCUAUUAUUUAUUAAUUUAUUAAGUAAUUUAAGUGUUAUACCCUAUCGAAUGCAUAUUGUGAGACGACGUUCGGAAUUCGCGUUUCGCUCUAGUCACUAAAUGUUUAUUUAUUUAUCGUCCUCGUCUAACAGAAUUCGCUUCUGAAGAUUUAAGCUUGAAAUUAAUAAAUGCAAGUGUUGAUGUUCGAACCUGCGACCCUUUGCCUGCACUCCGCUGCCACCGCGGGGUGUGGUCGACCCGUUCGGAGGGAACAUCGACAUGUCUAUUUUUUACUUUGUACUAUUUAAUUGUAAAUAAAUUAAUUUAUAUCAUGUGACCGCAUAAUUUAUAAAUAAAUAUGUAUACUUAAAAAUA